CGCCGCCGUCUCUACUCGAGCUUCCACUUCCACACACUCCCCAAUCUCCAAUCGCUCCCAUGGCUCGCACCAAGCAGACUGCCCGCAAGUCCACCGGAGGCAAGGCACCGAGAAAGCAGCUAGCCACCAAAGCCGCCCGCAAGUCCGCCCCGGCGACCGGAGGAGUGAAGAAGCCCCACCGCUUCCGCCCGGGGACCGUCGCGCUCCGCGAGAUCCGGAAGUACCAGAAAUCGACGGAGCUCCUGAUCCGCAAGCUCCCCUUCCAAAGGCUAGUCCGAGAAAUAGCGCAGGAUUUCAAAACCGAUCUCAGGUUCCAAAGCUCCGCCGUGGCGGCGCUGCAGGAGGCGGCGGAGGCGUAUUUGGUCGGACUCUUCGAGGACACAAACCUCUGCGCUAUUCACGCCAAACGCGUGACAAUCAUGCCCAAGGACAUCCAGCUCGCCCGGCGGAUCCGCGGCGAGCGGGCUUAG